CAUACAAUAACACAGAAAUUGUAAACAGCACAUUUAAAGAAACAUUGAUGAUUGUGGCUCAGGUGCUGUUCUCCUCUUCCUCCAGCAGAGGGCCAGCAGUGUUUACAGACAUCCCCGAGCAUGAUGAGCUCUGACCGGCUGUGAUGCAGGGACGAUAGAGGGGAGGAGGGGGGUGCUUGUUUUCCUGUUCAUCCCCGGCAGUAUCCGGAGCCAGUGGGCGGUGCAGACCCCUGAAGAUACAGACAGCCUGCGGAUGCUGACCGAACGAUGCGAUAAGUGGAGAUAAAAUACUAGUAUUUCUGCCGCUGCAGUGCGUUAAAUAAGGUGGGAGUAAAAACUGUAUGAGACGAACAGGACUUCUUUGUCUGCAAAACACAGACGACAAUAGUGUGUUUUCUUCUCUGUGUGGGAAACAAGUAGCCUAGGAUCUGCUCUCCACUCUCUCAGUUUGAGGUCCAGAGGGUUUUUUAGCUCUUUAAAGACACUUCUGCACACAGAUUGUGUUGAUGCAUUAAGUCAUCUAUUGGUCUGUGGGAUAAAAGAGACAAAGCAGCAGCUGGUGACUAUGCGCAGACACACUGCGACCUGCUCAUCAGCUUAUCAGUGUUUACAGUUUACUAACUGGGAUGACAUCGACUAGAUAUGCAAUUUGGUAAAAGCUGUCACUUUUGAUUUAUAACUGAGGCCCUGGUUGCCGCAUCUCUCGGAGGCAUCAGAGGUCUCUAAAGAGGAAUAAGAGGCCCUUGUAAACAAACACAUUUCAGCAUUCACGGACACUUGACGUUUCUGCCGGUAGAUGCUCUUGUCUCUGACGCUCUUCCUGUGGAGGCUCUAUCGACAUUUCUCCAUCAUGUUCAGCUCAGAAAGACUCACAGUCCCGGAAUAUGUCAGCCGACUGCAGAGAGCGAGGAGCGGCUCCGGCUCCGAACCCAAAGCAGUCUCCCCGGGCGUCAGAGCCGACGUGAAGGCGGUUCUGGACACCUCCCUCCCCGCCCUGCGCUCCGCCAUCAGGAGGCUCAAGUCGUCGCAUGAGACCUCUGAUUCAGAUGAGAUCCGCAGGGCCAUCGCGGAGCUCUUCCAGCUGGUGGAGGAGGCCUGGGUUUUGCCCGCUGUAGGCCGUCAGGUGGCCGAGGAGAUCUGCAACAGGAUCCGGCUGGAUGGAGGCCUGGAGCUGCUGCUACAGCUUCAACAGACACCUGCUGUGGAGAUCACCUAUGAGUCUGCAAAACUGCUGGAGCAGAUACUGAUCUCAGAUAACAGGGAUUAUGUAGCACGUAUGGGUCUGGGGGUCGUCCUCAACCUGACACGACAUCAGGAAGACGCACAGCUGGCUCGCAGUGUCUCUGGGAUCCUGGAGCACAUGUUCAAACACACCGAGGAGACGUCUAUCCACCUCAUCUCUAACGGUGCACUGGAUGCCCUCCUCUUCUGGUGCCGAGGCACGGAUACCACUGUGCUGCGUCACUGUGCUGUGGCACUGGCAAACUGUGCCAUGUACGGAGGCCACCGCUGCCAGAGAUGGAUGAUCGAGAAACAGGCAGCCGAGUGGCUUUUCCCACUGGCGUUUUCCAAAGAGGACGAAAUCAUUCGCUUCCAUGCUUGUCUGGCUGUGACUGUGUUAGCUGCAAACCGAGAAAUUGAGAAAGAGGUGGUGAAAUCUGGAACCCUGGAGCUGGUGGAGCCAUUCAUUGCAUCUUUGGAUCCGGAUGACUUUGCCCGCAGUUUGCUGGACAGUGCAGACUGCAUGCAGGGUAGGACAGCAUCUGAUCUGCAGCAUCUUUUGCCUUUACUGGAUGGCACAAGACUGGAGGGGAAGUGCAUUGCAGCCUUUUACCUUUGUGUUGAGGCCAGCAUCAAGUCUCGUCAGCGCAACACUAAGAUAUUUCAAGAGAUCGGAGCUGUGCAAAGCCUAAAAAAAAUUGUCAUGUACUCGAGUAACGGCACAACCUGUGGCCUCGCCAAGCGGGCACUGAGCGUGAUGGGGGAGGAAGUGCCGAAACGUAUUCUGUCAUGUGUGCCCAACUGGAAAACCUGUGAAGUGCAGACCUGGCUGCAGCAGGUUGGCUUUAGUGCCUAUUGUGACCGAUUCCAGGAGCUCCAGGUGGAUGGAGACCUCCUGCUGAACAUCACAGAUCAGGAACUGAGCACUGAUCUGGGCAUGACCGCAGCCAUCACUCGCAAGAGGUUUUUGAGAGACUUACGAGUGUUGAAGACUUAUGCCAACUACUCCACAUGUGAUCCAAACAAUAUGGCUGACUGGUUGGUUGAGGUGGACCCUCGUUUCCGUCAGUACACCUAUGGCCUGGUCCAGUCAGGAGUGGAUCGCAACAACUUCAAGAGCCUGACCGAUCCGCAGCUCCAGCACGACUGCCACAUAGACAACGGCGUCCACAGAGCCAAGAUACUCUCUAACCACAGGCCCCUAAAAGCGUGCCACACAGACGCCAAGCCUGCAGGGCCCGACGUGUUCAUCAGCUACCGUCGGACUACCGGCUCCCAGCUGGCCAGCCUUCUAAAGGUGCACCUGCAGGUCCGAGGAUACAGCGUCUUCAUCGACGUGGAGAAGCUGGAGGCCGGUAAAUUUGAGGACAAACUGAUCCAGAGUGUACAGCGGGCGCGUAACUUCAUCCUGGUCCUGUCCUCCAAUGCACUCGACAAGUGCAUGGGUGACACUGACAUGAAGGAUUGGGUGCAUAAGGAGAUAGUCACAGCCCUGGCUGGUAAGAAGAACAUAGUUCCUGUCACGGAUAACUUUAUGUGGCCCGACCCCAUGUCUCUGCCGGAGGACAUGAGAGCAAUUCUCAACUUCAACGGCAUCAAAUGGUCCCACGAGUAUCAGGAGGCCACGAUCGAGAAGAUCCUGCGCUUUCUGAAACAACAGCAAGACCAAAUCGACUGCCAGGACGCCUCCAAAGGGCAGAAUAAGAAAUAAUCUGACAUAAAUAUUUUGAUCUCAGCUAUGAUGCCAAAUUUCACAUGGCCUACGAUGAACAGGCCGGCAGCUUUCCCCGCACCGCCCAAACGCAUGUGAAGUGAAUUUGAUUAUUAUUUAUGCUCACGCAAAACCCUAAUAUAAAUUAACCUAGUAUAUCGUAAACAUCAAAUUAAAAUUAAAAAGGGAUUUCAGAUUGUAUAUAAUAAACUGUAAGCCUGAUAGUGCACUCAUACUGCUGCAUAUGUGUAGUCAGGUACAGUUCACGCCUUCUGUCUCUCAGGAAAAUAACUAUGAUAGCUCAGCCAUCGUUGGCACCCCAGCAAAAUCAUCACUAGCAAUUUCUGAAGCAUUGACUUAUCAAACAAGUUAUAUGCAAUCAUCUUUUGUUGAACUCAUAUGCUGUGCAUUGAUAGGACCAAAGCAGGUCUCGGACUAUACAUAAUAGAAAAGAAACUUUCUAGCAGAUGCAUUGAAUUGUUCAUGAUGAGAGAAACCCCGGUGGGCAUAAUCUGAGCUGGAGGCACGACAUAAUGUAUAGAGAUAAGCAAGCUACAUGCUGUAUAACUGCACCCCUAUUUUAACCAAAUGCAUUUAAGGAGUGUAAAAUACCCAUAUUCAACGUUUCCUUAAUUCUGUAUAAGUAACUUAUACGUACUUGAAUUUACAGAAGUCAAAAAUGCAACGUUGAAAAUGAUCUGUGUUACGGUGCAGCUUGUAGACAACACAUUUUAUACUGUUCAUUGAGCAGUGUAGAGUCUGAGAAGCAAUUAUUCAUCGUUCACUCAGUGUAUUGAAUUGAAGCAGUAAAGUAAGAACAAAGAGAAAUCCAGCAAUAUUACAACAUACACUGAGGCUUCUGAAAAUAUGAAAGACAAGUGGCUGAACACGACUACAUCUGUGUGAAUAAAACAAACAACCUGCUUUGUAUUAAAUGUGAUGGAAUGUUUAAAGUCUUGCAAAUCAAUCAAGAUGUGUUGGUCAUAUAAUGUUCUGCAUAAUUAUGAGACUAGUGCCUGUUUGCCUCUAAUGUCCACCUCAUAGCAUUUAAUAAAUAUGCUGUUUGAUUGACAUCAACCUUUUUCAAACGGUAACACAGGAUUUGAUUUUAAUCAGGUUUUUUUUAUUUAAUGUUCUCAGUGUAAAACAAUUUAUUAUGAACAUGGUGAAAAAUUAAAAGUGUUAAAACUC